AUGUCUGGGAAUCCAUCCGAAAACACCGGGGACCCCUCCGGACACAAUGCUCCCCCCGGCGUUAAAAAGCCCCCUCAGUGGCUGAUCGACGUCAACUGGAUGACCAACCAUUUGGCUGUCGAGGAACGAGAUCGAGAGUGGGAGAAACAGAAAGAGGCGGAAGAGAAACGCAGGAAGGAGGAGAUGGAAGCCGAGAGGCAAGAGCGAGAGAGGGAGCAGAAGAGAGAUGCGAAAUGGAGACGCAGAAAGGCGGAGAAGGAAGCCGAGAGGCGAGAUCAAGAGAGGAAGGAAAAGAAAGAGGCGGAAGAGAAACGCAGAAACGAGAAGAAGGAAGACGGUGCAAGCAUCAAACAAGAGGAAGUCGAAUGA